AUGAAUGCUAUUAUAACCGAUGGUCGAUUAAAUAGCUAUCAUGAACCAGACGUAGUUGAAAUGAAUCUGAAAUCUGGAGCUGAAAAAUAUGAUAAUCCUGAUAGCGAAUCCUACAUAGGUAGCAAAUUAGUGCGUCGAGUGAGAAGGAGAGGACCCAAACGUACACAAGUUUUUUUCGCACCUGCUGACAUUCCGCAUGGUCUAAGAGAAAAUGACAUAAUGGAAAAUGACGACAUCUAUAAUAUGCCUGCACCGACGUACAAAACUUACGCUGGAUUAUCACAAAGCCUCUAUAAACCUCAUCGCUUAUCAGAAAAUGAAGAACUUGCAAGCAUUUUGAUAAAACUCAUCAAACUUUUCAAUAAAAGAAUUGUUAAGAAAGUCCCUCCAGUUGACCGUAUUAUUAUUGCGCAGCCAGCACUUCAAACAACUGCAUUCCCAACACCUGGGAGCGUUAAUAAUUUCUGCAAAAACCAACCAGCAAUAGCUUCUGUUCAGUCUACAUCAAGUGACUUUCCACCCCUCACAGCUAUAUCUUUGGCUUCUCCUAGCAUCUCGGAACCACCUCAAACAUUACAGUCACUUGAUUCUGUCGAUUCUCCGACAUCGACAAUUGGAGAUAAGGGUGCUGGUAUUCUUCCUCCUGCUGCGGAUACUUCUUCAAUAGUUCCCCAACAACUUUUAACCCAAGUUCCGUUUUCUGGAACAUCACAUCAGCUCCAGAAUAAGCUUACUGCAAAUUCUAUGGUUCAACCAGACAUGGAGUCUCGUCCUGCCUUACAAGAAAUUCCACCUGUGGUUCCACAACAGCCAUUUCCUCACAGUCAGUUUGCUGGUUUAUCACAUCAAUCAUCGAGUAAACCAAGUGCAAGUCCCCUUCUGCAGUCAGACACUGACACUUCUGUCCCUAAUCAACAACCGAGAAUAGCCUCACCAUUAUUAACCGAUAUUAAGCCAUUAGUCGCUCCUGGACAGAUUAACAUAGGAGUACAAGGAACUCCUGUUUAUGCAGGUUUCGGACCAAGUGACACCUAUGUUGAAGCACUGCCACCAACUCCUAUUAGACAACCGAAUAUGCUGGCUGGUGCUAGCAUUACUGAACUUCCAUCACCAAAUGAAGUUCUGUUACCUGCGCCUCAACCAAGUUCUUCAACAUUUUUACCAGGUGAUCAAUCAAGUGCUUCGGGUGACAUGAUGAACUUUCCAGCUACUUCCGAAAUCCAGCCACUUCAGCAGAGACAGCAAGUCCUACCGCAACAACUAGAGAUGCAGCAGCAAAAACAACUGCUUUUACCUCAACAACAAGUAGUUCCAUUUCCACCGAAAGUACCGACACAACAAUCAGCACAGACUCCUCCAUUGACACAAACUCCUCAGUCAAGUGGUCAUGGGAGGUCAGGUGUGCCGCUUUCAGAUUUUACGCAAAGUAGUCAACCGUCUGAUAUGAAUGCUUUAUUAGUUAACCCACAGUCACAAUUGCUAGAACAAGUACAGAGUCAGCAACAAGUGGUUUUAAGGCAACCACCACAGCAAACUGUCCAGAAAAUGCCAUCCUCUGAAACAGGUGUGUUCUCAACAGUACCUGCAACAGUUUUCACUAUUUCUAAGGUACCAAAUUAUGACUGGAAUUAUAAUAAUGUACCUUCAUACAACCCACAGAGAUGGGAUUCAAAGAAUUAUGCAGCUAAACAGAAACUUCUUGAGCAGCUACGUACUGCUUUGUUUUGA